AUGUCCAUGUUUUCCUUCAGACAAAAGGAAGUUUCAUCCAGGCAAGUGAAAAUUAAAAAGGAGAACGUCCUUUUUCUCCUGUUAUUAUGUGCAGCACUUUCUUUUCCCACAGAUACAAGACAGAAGAAAGAAGGAGGCAUGCAGCUUAUUGAGAAGUUCCUGGAAAAUUACUAUGGCUUUAAGAAAGAUGGAGAAUAUUUCAUUUGGAAAAGCAAUAGUCAAAUGACACAAAAAAUAAAAGAAAUGCAGGAAUUCUUUGGGCUGGAGGUGACGGGGAAACUGAAUUCUGGCACUUUGGACCCGGUACAGAAACAUCGUUGUGGAUUCCUGGACGUAGCGGGGUUCUCCAUCUUUGCAGGAGAACCAAAAUGAGCAAAACAAAUUCUGACAUACAGGAUAUUAAACUACACACCAGACCUGUGUCCAGCAGAUGUCAAUGCAGCGAUCAAGAAAGUGUUAAAUGUCUGGAGCAGUGUGACCCCACUGAAAUUCAUCAAGAAGGAUGGAGGUGAUGCAGACAUACUGAUGUCCUUUACAGCCAGAGGUCACAACGACUUCAUCCCCUUUGAUGGCCCAGGAGGGUCCAUUGCUCACGCCUACGCACCUGGCAAGGACUUUGGCAGAGAUGCUCACUUCGAUGAAGAUGAAACCUGGACCAAAAACACAUAGGGUACAAACCUGUUUUAUGUUGCUGCCCAUGAGUUUGCUCAUUCACUGGAACUUUUCCAUUCCAAAGACCCCAAUGCUCUGAUGAAGUUUGACCCUUCAGUAUUCCCACUUCAUCAGGAUGUUAUUAAUGGUAUUCAGUACCUCUCUGACCAUUUUCUAACAGCCACAAAUGACCAAAGGGAAUCUAUGGAGAUAAAAGACCCAAUCAAGUCAAAAGGUCCUGCACUGCCAAACACCCAUGGCCCCAAUUUAACUUUUGAUGCCAUCACCACUUUCCAUGGAGAAAUAAUGUUCUUCAAAGACAAGCAUUUUUGGAGCAAGUAUCCUGCAGUCAGAGCAUCUGAUUUUAAUGUAAUACCCUCAUUCCAGCCAUGGCUGCCACCUGGUGUUGAUGCUGCAUAUGAAAUUCCUGAAAAAAAAACCCCCAAAACUGUAGUUUUUGAAGGGAAUGAAUUCUGGGUUGUGAGAGGAGAUACCAUACUUCCUGGAUACCCCCAAAAAAUCUACACCUUGGGCUUUUCAAAGGAUGUUACCAAAAUAGGUGCUGCUUUUUAUAAUGUAAAUGAGGGGAAAACUUAUUACUUCAUAGAGGUUUAUCUUUUCUCAGUUAUCUUUUCUCAGUUAAGAAGUCAGACUAUGGACAGAAAGCCCCUACUGAUAAGAGAUGCAUUUCCAGGAAUUAAUGGGAAUAUCGAUGCUGUUUUUCAACAUGAAAACUUCUUCUAUUUCUUCCAUGGAAGAAAGCAAUUUGAGUUUGACCCUGACAAGAAGAGAGUUACACGCCUCCUAAAGACAAAUUUCUGGUUUCCAUGUUAA